AUAUUUUGAAAAUGAUGUAUGCGUAUGAAUAUUUUUAGAAGAAACAAUAAGAUGAUUCAUUAAAUGUUUAUGUUGUUCCAGUGAUCAAAUCUUAUAAAUUAAAAUUCCCUCUAUUUCCUUGUGACACAUCAUAUAUUUCUGAGGCUUGGGUUGUAUGUUCUUACAGCUACUUUAUUAUGUUUCAUCAGAUCUCUUGCCAAGUUAUUCAUCACCAUUCUUUUCUACCUAGAAAUAUGUGGUUGAUGAAAAAAUAGUUACCAACCUGGAUCAUUUUGAAGGAGAUUGCAGGCUUUUGGGAAGGCUAAAGCUGUCAAGAGAGUGAGUCAUGACUUCAUGUUGUGAGCUUGUAGAUUCCAAGGCUGAGCUCACUGCUUUGCUAGAGCAAUGGGAGAAAGAUCAUGGCAGUGGACAAGACAUGGUUCCCAUUCUUACCCGAAUGUCAGAAUUGAUUGAAAAGGAAACAGAAGAGUAUCGCAAACGAGAUCCAGAUCCAUUUGAUGAUAGGCAUCCCGGUCGAGCAGACCCAAAAUGUAUGCUUGGACACUUGCUGAGGAUUCUUUUCAAGAAUGAUGAUUUCAUGAAUGCACUGGUAAAUGCUUAUGUCAUGACAAGCAGAGAACCUCCACUGAACACAGCUGCCUGCCGACUCCUGUUGGACAUUAUGCCUGGGCUGGAAACUGCUGUUGUCUUUCAGGAGAAGGAAGGCAUUGUUGAGAAUCUCUUCAAAUGGGCACGAGAAGCUGAUCAGCCUUUAAGGACAUUCGCAACUGGAUUGCUUGGAGGUGCCAUGGAGAAUCAAGAUAUUGCUGCCAACUAUAGAGAUGAAAAUUCCCUAUUGGUGGCAUUUGUCCUUCAACGUUUGCGAGAACUGCAAGUCAUUGAAACCAACACAAAGCAUGAAAAUAAGCGUCCUAGUCCUCGAAAAGUGCCAUCCGACCCCUUGCUGCCUCUAGAUGAAGAAGCUGUGGACAUGGAUUAUGGGGAGAUGGCUGUGGAUGGUGAGCAGGAGGAAGUGACGGGGGACAUGGAUAUUUCAUUUAACCUUGACUCAAAUCACAAGACAAGUAGUCGGGUAAAUUCUGCUGCAAAAAAAUCAGGGAAGCAACACGAAAAAGAGAAUUUCCGAAAAGCAAAACAAAAACUCGGCUUCUCUUCUGAACCAGAAAGGAUGUUUGUUGAACUGUCUAAUAGCAGCUGGUCUGAGAUGUCUCCUUGGGUGAUUGGCACAAAUUAUAACCUGUAUCCCUUGACCCCCGCCAUAGAGCAAAGACUGAUUCUGCAGUAUCUGACUCCUCUAGGGGAGUAUCAAGAGUUGCUGCCUAUCUUCAUGCAACUUGGAUCAAGAGAUUUGAUGAUGUUCUAUAUUGAUUUGAAACGGACCAAUGAUGUACUGCUUACUUUUGAAGCCCUAAAGUAUUUGGCAUCUCUGCUGCUCCACAACAAGUUUGCAACGGAGUUUGUUGCUCACGGAGGAGUACAGAAGCUACUGGAGAUUCCUCGCCCUUCUAUGGCAGCCACAGGUGUCUCCAUGUGUUUAUACUAUUUGUCUUACAAUCAGGAUGCCAUGGAAAGGGUAUGCAUGCAUCCCCACGUGCUAUCAGAUGUUGUGAACUACACCUUGUGGUUGAUGGAAUGCUCUCACGCAUCAGGCUGCUGCCAUGCUACCAUGUUCUUUUCUAUUUGUUUCUCGUUCCGUGCAGUUUUAGAGCUGUUUGAUAGGCAUGAUGGCUUACGGCGCCUAGUUAACUUGAUUAGCACUCUUGAUAUCUUAAAUUUGCAAACCCAAGGUGCGCUGCUAAGUGACGAUGAGAUCUUUGCUAGCCGUCAGACUGGAAAACAUACUUGCAUGGCCAUGCGCAGGUAUUUUGAAGCACAUCUUGCCAUCAAAGUAGAGCAAGUGAAGCAGUCACUUCAACGCACGGAAGGUGGAAUUCUGGUCCAUCCACAGCCUCCAUAUAAGGCUUGUUCCUAUACUCAUGAGCAGAUUGUGGAAAUGAUGGAGUUUUUAAUAGAAUAUGGACCAGGUCAGCUCUAUUGGGAUCCAGCAGAGGUGUUUCUCAAGCUAUGUUGUGUACAGCUCAUGCUUCAGCUUAUUUCAAUAGCAUGCAAUUGGAAGACUUACUAUGCAAGAAACGACACGGUGCGUUACGCGUUGGAUGUUUUGGCCAUCCUCACUGUGGUUCCAAAAAUUCAGUUACAGUUAGCUGAGGCAGUGGAUACCGUGGAUGAGGGAGGAACAUCUAUUUCUAUUGUGGGUAUCAGCAUCAUUUUGGGGCUUGCCGAGGGUGAAUUCUUUAUUCACGAUGCAGAAAUCCAGAAAUCUGCCCUUCAGAUCAUCAUUAACUGUGUCUGCGGUCCAGACAAUCGCAUCUCCAGCAUUGGCAAAUUUAUCUCUGGCACACCUCGUCGUGCACUCCCCCAAACACCCAGGAAUAGUGAGCAUACUUUGGCCAAGAUGUGGAACGUGGUGCAGUCAAACAAUGGCAUCAAAGUGCUGUUAUCCUUGCUCUCUGUCAAAAUGCCCAUUACAGAUGCAGACCAGAUCCGAGCAUUGGCCUGCAAAGCUCUGGUUGGGUUGUCGCGAAGUAGUACAGUCCGGCAGAUCAUCAGCAAGCUGCCCCUGUUCAGCAGCUGUCAGAUCCAGCAGCUAAUGAAGGAGCCUGUGCUGCAGGAUAAGCGCAGCGAGCAUGUCAAGUUUUGCAAAUACGCUGCGGAGCUGAUAGAGCGUGUCUCAGGAAAACCCUUGUUGAUUGGGACCGAUGUCUCUCUGGCCCGACUACAGAAGGCAGAUGUGGUGGCCCAGUCGAGGAUUUCAUUUCCUGAGAAGGAGCUGCUCCUUUUGAUCAGGAACCAUCUCAUCUCUAAAGGGCUAGGAGAAACUGCUACCAUUCUUACAAAGGAGGCAGAUCUACCCAUGACAGCAGCUUCUCAUUCCUCUGCCUUCACCCCAGUUCCUGCCACUUCAUCUCCUGUGUCUCUGCCUCGUACCCCUCGCAUAGCAAAUGGCAUUGCGGCCCGGUUGACUAACCAUCCUUCUGUUGCUUCUGGUGCUUCCUCUGUUCACCCUCAGCCAAGACCAGCUGGCUGCCAGGGCCCACUUGCACUGCCAGGCCCAUCUCAUGCCACCAACGCCCCAGUGAUUGGCAGAAUUAGCUUUAUCCGUGAGAGACCAUCUCCCUGCAAUGGCAGAAAAAUCAGAGUGCUUCGGCAAAAAUCAGACCACGGCGCCUACAGUCAGAGCCCAGCUAUCAAAAAACAGCUGGACAGACACCUUCCUUCCCCUCCCACCUUGGACAGUAUAAUCACAGAGUACCUUAGGGAGCAGCAUGCGCGCUGCAAAAACCCUGUAGCUACUUGUCCCCCCUUUUCUCUUUUUACACCCCACCAGUGUCCUGAGCCAAAACAGAGGCGCCAAGCGCCAACUAACUUUACCUCGCGGCUGACCCGCAGGGCAGCCUUCCCAAAGUAUGGCGGGGUAGAUGGUGGAUGCUUUGAUAGACACCUUAUAUUUAGCAGGUUCCGCCCAAUUUCUGUGUUCCGGGAAGCAAAUGAAGAUGAAAGUGGCUUUACGUGUUGUGCAUUUUCUGCACGGGAGCGAUUCCUGAUGUUGGGCACCUGCACAGGGCACCUAAAACUCUACAAUGUCUUUAGCGGGCAGGAGGAGGCCAGCUACAAGUGCCAUAACUCUGCUAUCACGCAUCUUGAACCAUCCAGGGAUGGUUCUUUAUUGCUGACAUCUGCUUCCUGGAGCCAGCCACUUUCUGCAUUGUGGGGAAUGAAAUCUGUCUUUGAAACCAAGCAUUCCUUCACGGAUGACCAUUAUGUUGAGUUCAGUAAGCAUUCUCAAGAUAGGGUCAUUGGCACCAAGGGGGACAUUGCCCAUAUCUAUGAUAUUCAGACUGGCAACAAGCUCUUGACUUUGUUUAACCCAGAUCUUGCAAACAACUACAAGAAGAAUUCUGCCACCUUUAACCCCACAGAUGACCUUGUCUUAAACGAUGGUGUCCUCUGGGAUGUUCGCUCUGCACAGGCUAUUCAUAAAUUUGAUAAAUUCAAUAUGACCAUCAGUGGCGUUUUCCACCCGAAUGGAUUGGAGGUCAUAGUGAACACAGAAAUUUGGGACUUGCGGACUUUCCACUUGUUACACACAGUGCCUGCUUUGGAUCAAUGCCGUGUUGUUUUCAACCAUACUGGGACAGUUAUGUAUGGAGCUAUGCUACAAGCCGAUGAUGAAGAUGAUUUGCUGGAAGAGAGAAUGCGAAGUCCUUUUGGAUCAUCCUUCAGGACAUUCAAUGCAACAGAUUACAAACCAAUUGGUAAAGAUUAUAAUUGUUCCUAUUGAAAUAAACCAAAUGAAAUUAUGAUUUCAGCUGCUCUGCUAGGAAACAUUUAUUAUCCAUUUACUAUCAUCAUC